CCGCCGUGGAUUGAUUUCGUUUGGCGCAUUAUUGCGUGGCAAAGCGCCAGUUUUGCCGCCACCACUCAGUCACCCUUAUCCCUCCUACUCCUCAAUUCAGCUCGAAGAUGUGAUAAACAAAGUUUCAAUUUUAGAUUCCCCAACCCCUAAAUUCCCUUCAAAAUCCCCAAAAAUGGAAGUGAUGAUCUGCAACACGAUCAAUCCUCUCACAUCUGAGUCCGUCAAACCCAGCAAACCCCGCUUCCAAAAUCCAACCUUCACUCCUCGCAGAAUCACCAUCACCCCACCUCGAGUCCUCGCCGAGAAAUCGAGCAGCAGCAGCAGCGCAAUGGAGCAGCUCGACAUCGAGCGUGGUGUCUGCAUCCCCUUCAGAAAAUACACCCCGGAAACAGUUAGGAAUAGGGUUCUUGAGUCGCAAGGCGCGAUAUUGUCUUUGGUGGGGAGAGGGGUGGAGAUUGUUUGGAGCUUGGGGCUGUAUUGGUCCACUCUCAUGUAUGAUUGCUUUGUUGGGAGGGAUCAGGAGGUGGUCCCUUUUCGAGCUCGGCAGCUUAGGAACCUUCUCUGUGAUCUUGGUCCCUCUUUCAUCAAAGCCGGCCAGGUUCUGGCGAAUAGACCUGAUAUUAUCAGAGAAGAUUACAUGAAUGAGCUCUGCAUAUUGCAGGAUGAUGUUCCUCCGUUCCCUAAUCAGGUAGCAUUUGCCAUCAUUGAGGAAGAACUUGGGCAGCCUCUUGAGAGCAUGUUUAGUAGGAUUUCGUCACAAACGAUUGCUGCUGCAAGUUUGGGGCAGGUGUACCGUGCUACCUUAAGGGAGACAGGGGAGGAUGUUGCUAUAAAGGUGCAAAGGCCUGGAAUAGAACCAAUAAUUUACCGGGACCUUUUCCUUUUCCGCACUCUGGCUUCCUUUCUGAAUGGUAUAAGUCUGCAGAAACUGGGCUGCAAUGCAGAGCUUAUUGUUGAUGAAUUUGGUGAGAAGCUCUUAGAAGAACUUGACUACACUCUUGAGGCUCGGAAUAUGGAGGACUUCUUGGAGAAUUUUAAGAACGAUCCAACUGUCAAGAUUCCUAAAGCUUAUAAGCAACUUUCUGGAUCGCGUGUUUUAGUAAUGGAGUGGAUUGAUGGUAUCCGCUGCACUGACCCUCAGGCUAUCAAGGAAGCUGGUAUUGAUGUCGACGGCUUUUUAACUGUUGGAGUGAGCGCUGCUCUGCGACAGUUGCUUGAAUUUGGUUUGUUCCAUGGAGAUCCCCAUCCUGGAAAUGUUUUUGCAAUGCGUGAUGGUCGUAUUGCUUAUGUUGAUUUUGGUAAUGUGGCAGUCCUUAGUCAGCAAAAUAAACAAAUCCUAAUUGAUGCUGUUGUACACGCUGUGAAUGAGGAUUAUGUGGAGAUGGCCAAUGAUUUCACCAGGCUCGGUUUCCUUGCUAGUGGAACAGAUGUUUCUCCCAUUAUACCAGCUCUCGAAGCAAUAUGGCAAAAUUCAGUUGGAAAGGGAUUGGCUGACUUUAAUUUCAGAAGUGUUACAGGAAAGUUUAAUCAGCUAGUUUACCAAUACCCAAUUCGUAUCCCGGAGAGGUUUUCCCUUGUCAUUCGUUCUUUGUUGACUCAGGAGGGCAUAUGUUUCACACUAGAGCCAGAUUUUAAAUUUCUUGAGGUUGCAUAUCCUUAUGUAGCCAAACGUCUACUUACGGACCCUAAUCCUGCUCUUCGUGAACGCCUUAUUCAAGUUUUAUUUAAAGAUGGAGUAUUCCAGUGGAAACGACUUGAAAAUCUCAUUACUCUUGCCAAGCAAAAUGUGACCAAGAUGAGUGGCAACCCUGCAUUGCAAGUCAAAAACACGCAACUUUCAAGAAAUCGACAAUUUGAAAAGAAAUUGGAUCUCACGGAGACGAUAAAGGAUGGAGCAAGGAUGUUCUUGAUUGACGCUGGCAUCCGCCGACAACUUAUUAUGGCUUUAACUGAAGAUUCUAAGCUUCAUAUUGAAGAGCUUGUGGAUGUGUAUAGAUUGGUGGAAGACCAAAUCGAUAUGCCUUCAGUAGCCUUGGAGGUUCUACGAGACUUACCUGCAGUUACUCGUGACUUCAUGCUCUCAUGGAGUGAAUCAGUCUUGUCAGAUCGCUGAAAACAAUCCGUGAUUUAUAGGUGAUUUAUAGGACAGCCACGGUACCGGGAGCAAAUUUUGUUCCGAUUCCAGAGUUAUUCUUGAACGGAGUUACAUGAAUUGUUUUGGAGACCCAAACCCAUUUGUAUUAGUCACUCUAGGAACGAAUCACAUAAUAUAUAAUUUAUACAUCAUUUCCUUCACAAAAUGUAUAGUUUCUUCCAAUUCUGUAUUGAGUGUAUUAUGUAUAUGAUAAGAGGAACAUCUGCCAUGUUUGAUAGUUUCAAAUGGGAACAACUCAUAAUUUUUCCGAUUU